GGUGCGGAUUAUUAUCGAGUGCUCGGGAUCGAGCGCGGUGCGAGCGACGCGGACAUAAAGAAGGCGUACAGAAAGUUGGCGUUGAAGCUGCACCCGGACAAGUGUCAAGCCGCGGGGGCUGAGGAGGUGUUUAAGACGGUGAGUAAAGCGUUCGCGUGCUUGAGCGAUCCGAACAAACGUGCGGCGUUCGAUCGAUAUGGGAGCGAU